AUGCCAAAAUAUUCAAAAUUCAUGAGAAACUUCUUCACUCAUAAAAGGAAGAUUGAAACAUUUCAAUUAGUUAAUUUAAGUAAAGAAUGCUCUGCCGUGCUACUCAACAAACUCCCACAAAAGAAAAUCGACCCCGGAAGCUUCACCAUCCCUUGUUCCAUUGGGGGAUCUCUUGUAUGCAAUGCACUAGCCGACCUUGGGGCUAGUAUCAAUCUCAUGCCCACAUCAAUGUUCGACCGACUCGGACUAGGUAAGACAAACCCCACAAAAAUGAGCAUACAACUCGCCGAUAGGUCCAUCAAAUACCCGCAUGGUGUCGCCGAGAAUUUAUUGGUAAAAGUCGGAGACUUUGUCUUCCCGGCCGACUUUGUCAUACUCGACAUGGAGGAAGACACCGAAGUACCACUCAUUCUAGGAAGACCAUUCCUUGCCACCGCUCACACAAUGGUGGAUAUGAGUGAUGGGAAGUUAACAUUGAGGGUCGGAGACAAGGAAAUGUAG